GUCUUCCUAUCGGAGCAGCGCCUGUACACGCGGCAGCAGGUGGAGCGGCACGAGGCGGGCGGCGAUCCCGAGGUGGACGGCAGCAGCGAGGAGGCGCGCGGCGGGUUCAAGGGGCACCCGCGCUGCGACUUCUGCGCGCGGCGGUUCUACGGAGACAACGAGCUGUUCCACCACAUGUCCACGGAGCAUUAUACAUGCCACAUCUGCCAGCGCAACAACCCCGGCAAGUAUGAGUAUUUCCGCUCCUACGAUCACCUUGAGAACCACUUCCGCGCAGACCACCACGUGUGCGAGGACAGGGAGUGCCUGGAGAAGAAAUUCGUGGUGUUUGCAUCAGAAAUCGAGCUCAAGCACCACAUAGCGCAGCAGCAUGCGGGGAAUAUGAAGCGCGCCGAGCGCAACCGCGCUCUGCAG